CAGGCGCAUUCUUCAAAGGCAAAUUUUGCUGAACUUCCUGACCUCAUAGCAUAAGUAAGCUUCGGAUUUGGGAUACUCCCACUCAAGCUUCUAGUGCGUUAUUAAGGCCUUUGGGCCUCUCUCACCGCCAAAAUGUCGUCCGUUAAGGUGGCGGUUCGAGUGCGACCCUUCAAUUCGCGUGAAAUCGGUCGAGAAUCAAAAUGUAUAAUUCAAAUGAGCGGUGCAACCACCGCUAUCACAAAUCCCAAAGUACCAAUAAACAGCAGCGAAGCCAUCAAAAGCUUCAAUUUCGAUUAUUCCUAUUGGUCACACGAUCCACGGGAUCCCGAAUUCUCCACGCAAGAGAUGGUCUACAAGGACAUCGGCGAGGAGAUGCUGCAACACUCCUUCGACGGCUAUAAUGUAUGCAUAUUCGCCUACGGUCAAACCGGUGCCGGCAAAUCAUACACAAUGAUGGGCAAACAGGAGGAGCAUCAAGAGGGCAUUAUACCGAUGAUUUGUAAGGAUCUCUUCAAUCGUAUACAUGACACGGAAACAAACGAACUCAAGUAUUCGGUUGAGGUUUCAUAUAUGGAAAUCUAUUGCGAACGUGUACGCGAUUUAUUAAAUCCGAAGAACAAAGGUAACUUGCGCGUACGUGAGCAUCCAUUGCUCGGUCCAUAUGUGGAGGAUUUAUCCAAGUUGGCCGUCACCGACUAUCAGGACAUACACGAUCUCAUCGAUGAGGGCAACAAAGCGCGCACCGUGGCCGCUACCAACAUGAAUGAGACCAGCUCUCGCUCACAUGCCGUUUUCACCAUAUUCUUUACCCAACGUCGUCACGACAAUAUGACCGAUCUGACCACCGAGAAGGUUUCGAAAAUUAGCUUGGUCGAUUUGGCUGGUUCCGAACGCGCGGAUUCGACAGGCGCUAAAGGCACACGUCUAAAGGAGGGUGCCAACAUCAAUAAGUCUUUGACAACACUCGGCAAAGUUAUCUCGGCCUUGGCCGAAAUUGCUUCUAAGAACAAGAAAUCAAAGAAAGCCGAUUUUAUACCUUACCGCGACUCCGUUUUGACCUGGCUGUUGCGCGAAAACUUGGGUGGCAACUCUAAGACCGCCAUGAUUGCCGCGAUCUCCCCAGCUGACAUUAACUAUGAUGAAACAUUGAGCACAUUGCGUUAUGCCGAUCGCGCCAAACAGAUCGUUUGCAAGGCCAUUGUCAACGAGGACGCCAAUGCCAAGCUUAUACGUGAGCUCAAGGAAGAGAUACAGAAGCUGCGCGAUCUCUUGAAGGCCGAGGGCAUUGAAGUGCAAGAAGGGCCCGAUGGUAAAGUGGUUUGUGAGAAGCGCGAUCCGAAUAAAGAUGAAAUGACCAAAUCGGGCAGCGGACCAAUAAAGUCGCCAACAAAGACACGCAAUCGCAACGGUUCGACUACCGAAAUGGCAGUGGAUCAGCUGCAGGCCAGCGAAAAAUUGAUUGCAGAACUCAACGAGACUUGGGAGGAAAAAUUAAAACGCACCGAAGAGAUACGCUUGCAACGCGAAGCUGUCUUCGCUGAAAUGGGUGUAGCCGUCAAGGAGGAUGGUGAUACCGUUGGUGUAUUCUCACCAAAGAAAACACCACAUUUGGUCAAUCUAAAUGAAGACCCGAACUUAUCGGAAUGUCUACUCUACUACAUUAAAGACGGCAUUACGCGUUUGGGCACACACGAGGCCAAUGUGCCGCAAGAUAUACAAUUGUCCGGUUCGCAUAUUUUGAAAGAGCAUUGUACUUUCGAAAAUCGUAGCAGUACCGUUACGCUCAUACCGCACAAAGAUGCUUUGGUCUAUUUGAAUGGACGCAAAUUAGUCGAACCGGAGGUGUUGAAGACCGGCUCGCGUGUUAUACUCGGUAAAAAUCAUGUAUUUCGCUUCACCAAUCCCGAGCAGGCGCGUGAGUUGCGCGAUAAGAUCACUGAGAAUGCCGAGAACGAGAAUGAGACGGAGAAGUGCGACACCCAGCAGGUGGACUGGAAUUUCGCACAAUGUGAAUUGUUGGAGAAGCAGGGCAUAGAUUUGAAGGCCGAAAUGCAGAAGCGUUUGGAUAAUUUAGAGGAACAGUACAAGCGUGAGAAGAUGCAGGCUGAUCAGCAGUUCGAGGAGCAGCGUAAGAAUUAUGAAGCACGCAUUGAUGCGCUGCAAAAGCAAGUCGAGGAGCAAUCGAUGACCAUGUCGAUGUACAGCAGCUACUCGCCCGAAGAUUUCCACCAGGAGGAAGAUUUAUACACCAAUCCACUGUAUGAGUCCUGCUGGUCCGCACGCGAAGCCGGCUUGGCUGCUUGGGCAUUCCGCAAAUGGCGUUACCACCAAUUCACCUCAUUGCGCGACGAUCUCUGGGGCAAUGCCAUAUUUUUGAAGGAAGCAAAUGCCAUUUCCGUAGAGUUGAAAAAGAAGGUGCAAUUCCAAUUCACACUGCUCACCGACACGCUCUACUCACCACUACCACCUGAGCUGGCCUCAGCCGCUACGCCAUUGCAAAGCGAGGACGAGUUUGGCGCGCCACCAGUUUCGAAAACCAUUGUGGCUGUAGAGGUGACCGACACCAAGAAUGGCGCCACACACUAUUGGUCCUUGGAGAAAUUGCGACAACGCUUGGAGUUAAUGCGCGAAAUGUAUCACAACGAGGCUGAGCUCAGCCCUACUUCACCGGAUUACAAUGUGGAGAGUCUCACAGGCGGCGAUCCCUUCUAUGAUCGCUUUCCCUGGUUCCGUAUGGUCGGACGCUCGUUCAUCUAUUUGAGUAAUCUGCUAUAUCCGGUGCCAUUGGUGCAUAAGGUGGCUAUUGUUAAUGAACGUGGCGAUGUGCGUGGCUACUUGCGCGUUGCGGUGCAACCAGUUUUGGAUGAGGAGUCCAUUGACUUCAAUAAUGGCGUUAAGCAAUCGGCGCGCUUAGUUUUCAACGAAGAUGAUGCCAAGCCAAAGUAUCGCGCUCUGAACGAGAAGGAUGAUGUGCAGCGUUAUAUCGAUAACGGUGGUUUGGACAGCAAGCUUGAAGAACUUGAGGAUGCUGAUUCCGGACGUGGCAUUGAUUCAAACUCAGCUUCUGAGUGCCAGGAAGCCAAUGAAGAGCCCGGCGAGCAUUUGCAGGUCGGCAAAGAGUUCACAUUCCGCGUAACCGUACUACAAGCUACAGGAAUAGGCGCUGAAUAUGCUGAUAUUUUCUGUCAGUUCAACUUCUUGCAUCGUCACGAGGAGGCUUUCUCCACCGAACCGGUCAAGAAUUCUGCAUCGGGCGCACCACUUGGCUUCUACCAUGUGCAAAAUAUUACUGUACCAGUUACCAAAUCGUUUAUUGAAUAUUUGAAGACACAACCGAUCAUGUUUAAGAUCUUCGGACAUUACCAAACACAUCCUUUGCAUAAGGAUGCUAAGCAAGAAUUUGUCUCGCGACCACCACCACGUCGCAUGCUUCCACCAAGCAUUCCCAUAAGCCAACCGGUGCGCAGUCCCAAAUUUGGGCCACUGCCAUGCCCAUCGACGUCAACAGUUUUGGCCAAGCAUGACGUCUUGGUUUGGUUUGAAAUAUGCGAAUUGGCUCCGAAUGGCGAAUAUGUGCCAUCGGUGGUUGAGCAUAGCGACGAUCUUCCAUGCCGUGGUCUAUUCCUACUCCAUCAGGGCAUACAACGCCGCAUACGUAUCACUAUCGUACACGAACCGACAGCCGAAGUGAAAUGGCGCGAUAUACGUGAGCUAGUGGUUGGACGUAUACGCAAUACGCCCGAAUCUUCGGAUGACUUGGAUGAGGACUCGUGCGUUUUGUCGUUGGGCUUGUUCCCCGGUGAAACUUUGGACGUACCCGGCGAUGACCGUUCAUUCUAUCGUUUCGAAGCUGCUUGGGAUUCGAGCUUACACAAUUCCACUCUGCUGAAUCGCGUUACACAGGCUGGCGAGACAAUUUACAUUACUUUGAGUGCUUAUUUGGAGCUCGAGAACUGUGCGCGCCCUGCUAUAAUCACCAAAGACCUCAGCAUGGUCAUUUACGGACGCGAUGCACGCACCGGUCCACGUUCGUUGAAACAUCUAUUCUCCGGACAGUAUCGCAAUCCGGAAGCAAAUCGUUUGUCUGGCGUGUAUGAGUUGUCAUUGCGUAGAGCCUCUGAAGCAGGUAGUCCAGGUGUGCAACGACGUCAGCGACGCGUCUUAGAUACCAGUUCGACUUAUGUGCGCGGCGAGGAGAAUCUCUCUGGCUGGCGGCCACGCGGCGAUUCGCUCAUUUUCGAUCAUCAAUGGGAGUUGGAAAAGUUGACGCGUCUCGAGGAGGUGGGACGUGUACGCCAUUUGCUGUUGUUGCGCGAACGUCUCGGCAUGGAUACAAAUCCAAAUCCCACAACCAAAACAGAGAAGGACGUCUGUAAUUUGGCAGCGCGCGCCGCCACCUCACCGGUACAUAUGGUCAUACCGCCAUCACCACAGACACCCGUUAAGGAUCCACAACAGAUUGUGCCCGAACGGGAGUACAAUCAAAGAGAGCAGGAGUUGAUGAUGAAGUGCUUGAAGCUGGUGCAGGGCACCUACAAUAAAGCAACAGAUCCCACAGCAGAGCCAGCCACACAGUCGGAUGUGUCGCCGAGUGAUGAGGGCUGCGCCGACAUGACCGUUAGCUGCAUCUCCAGCAACUCUAUCGAAACAACACCAAAAAUUAGACGAAGGUUAUGUUCGCCCGAUCGCGCUGAUGCGCCCAACGGUUGGGAAGCGCCAGCACCCGCUACACAGCCGGCAUUACCGCUACGCUUGUACGUACCCGAGUUGGAGGAGAUUAGGGUGAGCGCUGUGGUGGCGCGCAAGGGUGUGCUGAAUGUAUUGGAACAUGGCGGUUCGGGCUGGAAGAAGCGCUGGGUGAUUGUGCGACGCCCUUAUGUUUUCAUCUACAAGUCCGAGAAGGAUCCAGUGGAACGUGCAGUAUUGAACUUGGCGACCGCACAGGUUGAGUGCAGUGAGGAUCAGGCUGCGAUGGUUAAGAUACCCAACACAUUUAGUGUGGUCACUAAACAUCGUGGUUAUCUGCUGCAAACAUUGGGCGAUAAGGAGGUACACGAUUGGCUAUAUGCCAUAAAUCCGCUACUGGCUGGACAGAUAAAGUCAAGACUGGCACGUCGCACACUGGAGUCGGCAUCGCAAACCGCAUCACAAAUUCAAGCCACAACGGCGUCAAAUGCACAGACAAACAACAAAUGAGAUACAAUUACGAUGGAAUCCGUAUUAGUGUUUUAAGGACAGCGUGUUUCUGAACAGUAUAUGCAAAAACAAAAACAAAAACAAUAUGAGAUUACAACAAAGGAAUAAUUAUGUAUUAUUUAGCUAUAAAUAUUAAGAUAUACAUAUAUAUACACACACACAUACAUGCAUAUAAAGCGUUAUAUGCAUGCAUAUGUGCACAUAAACACACACACAUACAUACAUAUAUGACAGGCUCAUAUAUUGUACCAUAUGCUGGCGAGGUGAAAAUGAAACUAAUGAUUACAGGAAAGUUAGCUAAAAGUAAAAUAGUGAAAAGGAAAUUAGGCCGUUAUGAGACACACACACUGAGCGCAAGCACACACACACACAUGCGACAUACAUGAAAAAUUAGUAAAACAUGUAAGUGCGUAAGGGAGCGUAGCAAAGCGCUGAGUAUUUAUG